AUGCCCGUUCUGCCGUCAGCUUUUCCCACAGACAUCCUACUGGAUCGAAGCGUGACGGCAACGAAUCUCAGUAGCCAUGCCGUGAAAGUUGUGUGUGCGUGGCCAGUGUCAGGCCAGUAUGGCCCUGGCACAAGGUUCCUUUUCUACGCCCUUAUCAGUGCCUGUUUCUUCGGUAGGGAAGUCGAGUGGUUGAGAGCAGCUUGUUUGGCGGCUGCUUUGCUGUUCCCCGCCGUUGCUGCUCUUCAUGGCAUUGUCAUUGCCGCUGUCCAUGUCAACGGCGCUGUCGAUAUGGAUGUAUAUGGAGCUUUCCAGGUUUGCUCCAUCGGCAUUCUCCUCGCUCCGGUCACGGUCAUGCUAUCUCGAAGCUAUUUUGAACAGGCAGGGAGUAGUAUAAUUAUCCUGUGGACAGCACUGAUCCUCGCCGGACUACUAAGCCUGACCGUGGAGUUCUUCCGAACGAAAUCAACACGUUGCACCCGCAACGACACGGGCAUCCUGACCCCGAUCAAUGCUCGAGAUUUUCAAUAUGGCAAUGAUACCUGUGGACUCAUAUGCUCAGUCGACCAGGGUCCUUUCUCUCCCAUGCGACGCGGCUCUGCAAACAACAUCUAUGUGAUCCCGGCUCCAGACAAGCUAACCUUCAACGCUGCCACUCUCCUUGCUGCCGCCUGCUGUGUACCCGCCCUCCUCCUCAUCAUCUCUAACUGGAACAAGAUUCGUGAGGCCAACGCCUUGGAGUCAAAACGCCUCAAAGACAGGACGGACGAUCACGAGCCUGAGGGCACAGACUUGUUCUGCACCUGCGGCAAUCAUGAGCCUGAAAGUGCCGGGAAUCGACGGACUCGCAAUUUCGUGGCCACUCCCAUAUUUGGAGCGGCGAUCCUCUCAAUCCUUAUCAUUGGGGAGUGGAAUUUCUUCAGUGAGCAGGUUGCGUACCAGACUGAGCCCAUAGCGAGUAUAGGCCAAUGGGCACCCAUUGUCGGAACGGGCCUGGCGUUGGUUGGCUCAGUAUAUGUGCUUCUCGCGAAGGACAUCGUUUUUGAAAAGAGAGAACAAGAGAAACGAAAGCAGGAGAAGAAGGAAGCAGAGGACAGGAGGGACCAAGAAAAGACGAACCCGUCUGUGCAGCAUGUCGAUGGUGGUAAUGACGAGCCGACUACACCUGCGCCGGCGUCGGCGCCGGCGAAUCCCACAUCCGCUGGCGACAAUGACCGUUGCCCCAAUUGCGGUCGAGUCGUGGCACGCGAUACCAAUUGGACUAGAGGGCGAUCUCGAGGUCGGAAAGCCAUGCGAGUUCUCUCGGACUGGCGAAGACGAGGGACGCGAGCCAUGAUCAAGCUGGUCGACUUCAUCGGCACCGCCGCCGAAGACACGUUUGAGAACAAAAAGUUCCGACAGGCGAAAGAGAAGUGGAUCCAGUAUCCCGGGGAGAAGUACAAGAACCCUGCCUUGCGCGAGACGGUAGAUCAAUACCGACGCUCAAGGGACCUCUCCAGCAGCGCGAAUGAUCAACCGCGGUCAAGAAGUGCCAGCGUACAGUCGAGACGUGACGCACAGCUGUCCCGGCUCGAGACUGGCACAACGAUUACAAACAAUAGCACCAAUCACAGCGGCGGCGGCGGACAAAGGUCGUCGACGACGUCGUCAGGCGCACCUCUCCGGCGUGGCACAACAGACAGCCUGCAAGUGCCACCAUCGAUACACCACGCCAGAACCAGAGACAGCUUGCCUCCCGUGUCGCCCACCGAGCCCGAGGUGCUCGUUCGGGGCAGAGGUAACCGGCGGCCUUCGGUCGUUGUCAGUGAUGCUGAAGAAGGCUUCAGCCUUGCGUCGCCGUCGUCGUCAUCGCCGCGACACCUCCGUUCCGAUUCCCAACCCACCAUGUCACUGCCUCGACCACCUCAUUCGUGGCAUUUGCGCAGCCGACAAGGCACCGUAUGA